AUGUUGGGCUCCGCCCACCCCGCCCAUCGAGCCGUCGCCCUGCGCCGCCCAGCCACCUCCGCCGUCCUCUCCGCUGUUCUCGCCCGGACCACCCUCCCACCGCCAUCGGCCCCUGUCGCGCGCUCCCCCUCUGCUCACCACGCGCCCCCACCAUGCGCGUCUCCGUCCCAGUUUGCCCACCGUGCACCUCCGCUUGGCCGGAGUGAUCGGGGGGGGGCAGGUUUGGACGUAUGCCGGGGGUUGCCCCGCCCGCGCUUGCCGCUCCGCAGCGUCAUCCGCGAAGGAUGGUUGCUCCCCGCGGCUUGGCGCGUAGGCAGCGAGAGCCGGUGGCGGGGCUUGGUGAUGGGCGCACGGGUGGCAGAGUCGCCAGGCGCUGGUGCGCGCGCAGCAGUGAUAGGGGUCAGCAGUGGCGAGGGGGAGGAGAGGUGGCGCGGUGAAGGGGUGGAAGUGGGUGGGGCGGAGAGGGAGGUGGGGGGCGAAGGUGGAGCGAGUGAGCAAGUGGUGUUCGAUCCCCCAGCGCUGCCAGCAGCGUUUGAGGGGGUGCAGCAGUGGGUGGUGUUCUCCGACCUCCACGUGUCGCGCCGCAAUGCAGAGCUGUGCGCCGCGCUGCUCACACACGUGCACCAGCUCGCCAAAGACAGGGCGGCAGGCGUGGUGUGUCUGGGGGACUUCUGGCAUGUGAGGGGGUCGCUGCCAGUGGAGGCACUCAACGCUGUCAUGCACGCCAUGGGACCCGCCGUGUGGACUCAACCCACCCUCAUGAUCCCCGGCAACCACGACCAGGUGUCAGUGGACGGCACGCAGCACGCGCUGGCAGUGCUGGAGCGCAUCAACCCGCACAUUGUGGUGCUCUCACGCCCCACCGUGCUGCUCGCCGCCCUCUGGCUGCCCUUCCGCCACCACGCCCCCCUCCUCUCCGCCGCCAUGCACCAAGCGCUGCACGCCCCCCCGCCCUCCACGCCCCCCAUCCGCGCCGUCUUCAUGCACGCCGACGUGGAGGGCGCGCGGCGCAGCAGCACGGAGGGCGCCAUAACACUUCCAGGGGAGGGGUUGGAUCCGCUGCUGCUGCCACCGGGCGUGCCUGUGUACUCGGGCCACCUGCACCUGCCGCACACCGUGGCCAAGGGCGGUCACAGCGUGGUGUACGUGGGGUCGUGCAUGCAGCACAGCUUUGGCGAGGCGGGGCAGAGCAAGCGCGCCGUGGUACUGCGGGGCGGCACGUGGGAGCACGUGGAGGACAUCCCUCUGCACGUGGGGCCGCGCCACUUCAUCAUCCCCACCACUGCUUUAGCCUCGCAGCCGGGUGAAGGUGAAGGAGAGUCGGGGUGGCAGGCGGGCGAGGGGUGGCAGCAGGUGGUGGCGCAGCUGCGGGCGGGCGACCUGGUGCGGUGGGAGGAGCCUGGAGGGGCGGCCGCCAAGGACACCAGAGACGCGCUGGCGUCUCUGCGUGCCACAGGCGCGUUGGUGCAGACAGUGGCAUCUCAGGCGCUCUCCCGCCCGCCCCGCAUCCUUCAGGCCGACACUCUGGAGCCCUCACGGGUGUUUGCCAGCUACGCCACUGCCGCCCACCUGCCGCCACCCGUCCUGUCUGCCGCCCAAGACCUGCUCAAGGACUUGGAAGUGCCACCCAGACUCAUGCACAGCACCAGCGCGCACGUGUGCCUGGAUGCGGUGCAUCUGAGUGGCUUCGGCCCCUUCCUCGCGCCCACCACCUACCCCCUCGCUGCACGCGGCAUCGUGCUGCUGUGUGGGCGCAACGAGGUGGCGGGGGGGGCGGCGGGCGACAGCAACGGGGCGGGCAAGACGUCGCUGGCCAUGGCGGCGCUGUGGGCGCUCACGGGCAGCAUGGACGCGCGGCCUGAGUCCCGCCAAGGGCUGCGCAUGGCCGAUGUCGUGCACCGCAGUGGCCAGGGGGAGGGGGAGGGCGAAGGGGAGGGGGGUGAGGGGAAGGGGCGCGGGAGGAGGAGGAAGGGGGAGGGCAGUGGAGCUGGAGUGGCGCGGGUGCGGGUGGAGGGGAGGGUGAAUGGCAAGGCGUUUGUGGUGGAGAGGGAGGCGUCCAGGUGGGUGGAGAGGGAGGCGUGCAGGUGGGUGGGGAGGGAGGCGUCCAGGUGGGUGGGGGAGGACGUGGUGCGGUGGUGCUUGGACAAGAGAGAAAAGCGACAAGAGUGUGGAGAGGAGCGGCAAGGCCUGGACUGCAUUCGCCUCACUGCAUCGUCCUCCACACUUAGCCCACUCUCCCUCUCACAACCUCUCCCCUUCUUCCCGUUUUUCCUCACAGAACCUCUUCCUUUGUGCCCACUUUCCCUUGCUAAACCUCUCCCCUUCUCUCCUCUCCCCUGCCUCCCUCCCCCUGUGCGCCCCUCGUGCCGGUGCAGCCGGCGGUCGGCGUUGAGGUUGGAGGUGGAGGGGCGGGACCAGACAUGCCAGGAGAUCAGACUCACGCAGGAGAGGAUCGACGCCCUCAUGGACACGUCUCUCCUGUCCCGCACCGUCUUCUUCGGACAGCACUCCACCGCAGCGCUGCUUGAAGCCAACGACGCUGACUUCAAGGCAUGCCCGCCCGCUCCCCCUCCCUCUCCCUUGCCACUCUUCAUCUUCCUUGCCUCUCCUCAUGCGGAGCUGAGUGGGGUGGUGGGCAUGGACGUGUGGGGGGCGGCCAGGGCGCGCAGCAAGGACGCGGUGAGGGCGCUGCAGGCACGCGUGGGGGAGAUGAGGGGCGGCCUGGCGGCGCGCAGGGAGGCCGUCAAGAAGCUGGAGCGCAUGGUGGGUGUGGAUGGGGCGGGGAGAGGGGGGGGGAGGGUGGAAGACGCAGAGGGUGCCUUCAACACCUGGGAAGCGCACAGUGCGAACCAGCGCCAGCGACAACACCCGCUCACCUCCCUCACCCCCUCACUGCCCUCACCUGCCUUCCCCACCCACACGCCCGCCACCAGGGCGGCACGGCAGCAGCGGGUGGGUGUGCAGCAGGUGGGGGCGGAGCAGCAGCUGGCAUCGGCCUGUCAGCGCUUGGCGUCCCUUCUGUCAGCACUGACUGCAGGGCUGAGAGAGCAGCAGCAGCGGCUGGGGGAGUUUGAGGCGCAUGUGGGGGGGGCGGUGGGGGGAGGGGAGGUGCUGGUGUGUGACAGGUGUCAGCAGCCCAUUGAUCCGCUGCAUGCGGAGGAGUGCAGCAGGCAGCUCAGGGCGGAGGUGGAGGAGACGCAGCGACAGCUGGCAGGCAAGCAGCAGGCACGGGAGGUGUUGCAAGAAGAGCUGGUGGGCGUGAGGGGAUGGCUGGAGGCACGGCAGAGGGAGAGGCGCAAGAGCGAGGAGAGGGACGCGCAGGCGAGGAGGCAGCAGCAGCAGGCGGCUAUGGCACAGCAGGAGGAGCUGAAGGCAGUGCAGCGCUACACAGCAGCGGCCUCGCAGGCCCUCGACUCGCUGCUGCUCUUCCUGCACUGCCACUCCGCCCGCCUGCCCGCCACACCACCACUGCCCCCCGCCUCUACCCCCACCACGGGCCCAGGCGUGGAUGGUGAGUGCGGGGGGGCGUGGCGGCAGGAGGUGGUGGCGGCGGUGAUCCGCGAGGCGGCCACAGUGGUGGCGGAUGCACAGGCGGCGGAGGCGGAGGUGGAGAGGUGGCGGCGGGAGGCGGAGUGCGGGCAGGCAGAGGGCAACCCGCAUGACGGGGAGCGGCGGCGGCUGGUGGAGAUGCUGGGGGAGGCACGGGGGGAGGUGGAGGCGGUGGAGGGGGAGGUGGAUGCGGGGGAGGCGCAGCUGGGCGUGAUGAAGCAAGUGGACGCCGCCUUUGGCCUCGCUGGCGUGCAGAGCUUUGUGUUGGAGGGCGCCCUGUGGGAGCUGGACGCCCAUGUGGCCCGCUACCUCGCUGCACUCUCAGGGGGCGCGCUGCUCCUGCAUCUCUCGCCCACCCGCGCCGCCGCCACUGCCACCAAGGCCGCCCGGGGGAAGAAGACAAAGAAGGCCAGUGGGGCGGGGAAGAGCGGGGUGGCGGAUAGCAGCACAGACUCGGAAGCGUCGAGCGACAGUGGGGGAAGUGAAAGGGGAGAGGGGGACGAGGAGGGGGCAGCAGAGGAGGCGGGAAAUGGCAGCGGGGGGGAGGGGCAGGUGUUGGAGAGGAUAGACAAGAGUGUGCGCGUGCGCCUGGCCUCAGGGGAGCUCGUCCCGCGGGCGCUGCGCCAGCUCAGCGGGGGGGAGCGGCGCCGUGUGGCGCUGGCCCUGGCGCUGGCGUUUGCUGAGCUGGCGGCGGAGCGCAGCGGCGUGCGCUACGACCUGCUGGUGCUGGACGAGGUCUUCCAGCAUCUGGACGACGAGGGCGUGGCGGCGGUGGCAGCGGUGCGGCGGUCGCUACCGCAGCGCACGGUGGUGGUGGUGUCGCAGGCCAACAGCCGGGAGGCACUCGCAGAGUUUGGCGUGGUGGACUGGGUGGUGAAGCGCAACGACGUGGCCACUGUGGAGCUCGCUCACAUGUAG